AUGGGGUCUUGCAUUGAACAACUUGCAACAGAGGCUAUUUCAAAACUUGGAGAUUUGAUAGUGAAGUCCACCGUAAAGCAAUUCGAAUAUCUGAUUUGUCACGAAAGACUUGUCGGCAACCUAAGAAAAGAACAUGAGAAGCUGAUGGGCAUGAAAGAUGCAUUGAAAGGGCAAGUGGAAGCAGAUAGAAGUAGAGGUCUUGUAAUCGCAAAUAAUGUGCAAAAGUGGCUCUCUGCUGUGGAAGCGAUUGAUGCAAAGGUUAAUAAACUCUAUGAAGAUGCAGUAGAAAACAAGCGCAAGAAAUGUGUUGGUGGAAGACUUGAUUACUCAUUGGGCAAGCAAGCGACAAGAGCAUCACAAGAGGUUGUAAGCUUGGCGGAGCAGAAAGAUGAACUUCAACCCAUAUCAUAUCCUAAGCCUGCACCAAGGCUUGGACCUACCUUCACUCAAGACAUCAAGGGGUUGGAGUCGAGAAAAAAGAUCAUUGGGGAUGUUAUGGAGAAAUUGAAGGAUGACAAGAUCAGAAUGAUUAGCAUUUGUGGCAUGGGUGGGGUGGGAAAAACCACCCUAGUGAAAGGUGUUAUCAAAGUCGUUGAAUCAGAAAAGCUAUUCGAUAAGGUUGUGAUGGCAGUGGUGUCUCAAAAUCCAAAUUACCAAAUGGUCCAAGCUCAAAUUGCCGAUGGGCUAGGGUUGUCAUUCAGAAGUGGGAGCGUGCAAGGAAAAGCACGGGAAUUACUUGAUUACUUGCAGGGUACUAGUAGGGUGUUGAUAGUGUUUGAUGAUGUGUGGUCAGAGCUUGAUUUUGAGAGCAUUGGAAUUCCUUCACUUGGACAUGAGAAAGUAUGCAAGAUAUUGUUCACAUCACGAAACGAACAAGUAUGUCGCAAGAUGGGAAGCAAGGAGAAUAUACAGCUUCAUGUGUUGCCUGAAGAAGAAGCCUGGGACCUAUUUCGGGACAUGGCAGGGGUUGACACUACAGACAAGGCCAACAUAAAGCACAUUGCAAGGAAGGUUGCAAAAGAAUGCGGAGGCUUGCCCCUUGCUAUUGUGACAACAGGAAGUGGGCUACGAAACAAAGCUAAGCCUCAAUGGGAGUAUGCACUUGAGCAACUACAACAUUCUAAGUUGCAGAAUAAGGUUCAAUCAAGCAUUGAGCUUAGCAUUACAUCUUUAGGAACUGAAGAGCACAAAUAUUGCCUUUUUCUUUGCGCCUUGUUUCCUGAAGACUUUGAUGUUCCGGUAGAAUGUGUGCUGCGUCACGCCGUGGGGAUGCGAUUGAUUAAUUUGGCUGGUGCGCUGGGAAAAGCAAGAAACAUGGUGGACACUUUGGUGGAUGACCUCAAAAGGUGCUUUUUAUUGCUGGAAAGUGGAAAACGUGACUGUGUGAAGAUGCAUGAUGUUGUACGCGAUGUUGUCUUAUCAAUUGCAUCUCGAAAAGAGCACGGCUUUGAGGUGCGGCAAGGUAAUGAUGAAUUGAAGCAGUUGAAGAAACAAGACAAGGUGGAUCAUUUCAAAGCACUGUCACUCAUUUUGGCAGAUGCAAUCACCAAUGGCAUAGACUAUCCAAUGCUUGAGCUCUUUCAAGCGCGAUCAGAAAGAGAGGAAGCGAUUUUGUGGCCGGAGAAUUUCUUCCAAAGAAUGAGUAAGAUCAGAGUUUUGACAAUGAACAAGUUGCGCAUUCCAACAAUGCCGUCUCUUUUCCAAACCCCCGUGACCUUAAGGACAUUGCAAUUAGAAGAUUGUGAUGUUGGAGAUGUGUCCGUGAUUGGCAAUAUACUUGUUGAACUCGAAAUCUUAAGCCUCUCCCGCUCCAACAUUAAAGAACUUCCAACUGAAAUCGGACAAUUAAGCUCUCUGAAAUUGCUCGACUUGACAGAAUGUAAUGAACUUGCCAUCAUUUCAGAUAAUGUCUUUGCAAGGUUGUCCCAGUUGGAAGAACUUUAUUUCAGGGUAAGCAACUUCCCUUGGAUGCUAAACAAGCCAAUUCUCGGUGAGUUGAUAGAACUUUCUCAACACUUGAAGGUUUUUGAAAUCCGAGUAAGAGAGGUAGAAAUUCUGCCUAAAGAUUUGAGUUUCAAAAAUAUAGAGAGGUUUUGGAUUUACGUGGCUCAAUAUGUAUAUUGGGGUGACAAUCGUGGUUUUGGAUAUCUGGAGCCAAAUAAGUUAGUGUUCAGACAUACAAGUUACAAGAAGUCUAUCAAGUGUAGCCCAGUACUAAUGCAAUUGAUUAAGAGAUGUGAAGUGCUCGAGUUAGUACACGUGAAGGACUUGAAAAAUGUGAUUUGUGAAUUAGAUGACAGUGGAUUCCAAUGCUUGACAAAUCUAACACUAGAUUCAUGUCCAGAUGUUACGUAUGUUGUAGAUUGCAUCACUGCAACUUCUUACACUGCCUUCCCGCUAUUGAAGUCAUUGUCAAUAACUAAUCUCCCAAUGCUAAAGGAGAUAUGUAAGGCAUCCGAGAAUCACCAUAAAGUCAACAACCCGUUGAUUUCUGAGUUCUUAAAUUUAGAGAAAUUGUAUUUGGGGCGUCUUCCACUAUUCACUGGCUUCAGCAAUGCCAUCGAUUCAACUGAGCCACCUUCAUCAACAGAUUCAUCUCAUCGUGGUUCGAGUUGCACAAAUGAAAGAGUUAAUGCUUCACAAACUAAGGAAGAUGAGUCUAUGUCUAAAUCAAAUUGUCAAAACAAGUUAUUUUCAUCUAUUUGGAUGCUACAAUUUCCAGUAUUGGAAACCAUCACCUUAGAGAUCUGUCAUUCCUUGGAGGAAGUAUUUGACUUGCGAGAAUAUUCAAAGUCGUCGAAUACCCAAAUGUUUCCUCAGCUGCGAGAAAUCAACAUCUAUAGACUUCCUAACCUAAAAUAUCCACUGUCAAAGCAAUGGUGA